AAUCAUAUUAUUAUGAUACUCUUGUGGGUCAUCAAGUUGAGCCACUAAAAAUUAUAAUCUUAGGAACUGCUGGAACAAAAAAAUCUUAUCUCAUUAAAGCAAUCAGAAAUUGGCUAUGUGAUAUAGCAGAAACAAAAUUCAAAUUGCUAGUGUUAGUACUUACUCUAAUAGGUGUUGCAUUCUUCAAUAUAAACAAAGCAACAAUUUAUUCAAUGCUUUUAAUUCCAGUACCUAUUAGAUCUCAUUUUGAUAUAGAAGACAAGCAACUUAAAAAUCUACAAAAUAAGUUACAACAUGUAAAGUAUAUUAUACUUAAUGAAAAAAGUAUGAUUGAACAUUAA